CUGAAGACUGGACGCAGGUGAAGUCGAGACAGGACGCUCUCUGCCCGCAUCCGCAGCGCACCAUGAGGGAAAUCGUUCACAUCCAGGCCGGGCAGUGUGGAAAUCAGAUUGGGGCGAAGUUCUGGGAGGUGAUAAGUGAUGAACAUGGCAUCGAUCCUACUGGUAGUUACCAAGGUGACAGUGACCUGCAGCUGGAGAGGAUAAAUGUGUACUACAAUGAAGCAUCAGGGAGUACAGGCAGCAAAUUUGUCCCCCGUGCCAUUCUGGUGGACCUGGAGCCAGGAACCAUGGAUUCAGUCCGCUCCGGCCCAUUUGGACAGCUAUUCAGGCCUGACAACUUUGUCUUUGGUCAAAGUGGAGCAGGAAAUAACUGGGCCAAGGGUCACUACACCGAGGGAGCUGAGCUGGUUGACUCGGUCCUGGACGUGGUGAGGAAGGAGUCUGAGAACUGCGACUGCCUCCAGGGCUUUCAGCUCACCCACUCUCUGGGCGGAGGUACAGGCUCAGGAAUGGGCACACUGCUCAUCAGCAAGAUCCGCGAGGAGUACCCUGACCGCAUCAUGAAUACCUUCAGCGUCAUGCCUUCCCCAAAGGUGUCCGACACUGUGGUGGAACCCUACAACGCAACUCUCUCUGUCCACCAGCUAGUGGAAAACACAGAUGAGACCUUUAGCAUUGACAAUGAGGCCCUGUACGAUAUUUGCUUCCGCACCCUGAAGCUGACCACACCUACCUAUGGAGACCUCAACCACCUAGUGUCAGCCACAAUGAGUGGGGUGACCACCUGUCUCCGCUUCCCUGGCCAACUCAACGCUGACCUCCGUAAGCUGGCUGUCAACAUGGUGCCCUUCCCUCGCUUGCAUUUCUUCAUGCCAGGCUUUGCACCACUCACAAGCCGGGGCAGUCAGCAGUAUCGUGCCCUGUCUGUGCCAGAGCUCACGCAGCAAAUGUUCGACGCCAAGAACAUGAUGGCAGCCUGUGACCCUCGUCACGGACGCUACCUCACCGUGGCAGCCAUCUUCCGUGGCCGUAUGUCAAUGAAGGAAGUGGAUGAGCAGAUGCUGAGUGUGCAAAACAAGAACAGCAGCUACUUUGUCGAAUGGAUUCCGAAUAAUGUCAAGACCGCCGUUUGCGACAUCCCACCCCGUGGUCUCAAGAUGUCCGCCACCUUCAUUGGCAACAGCACCGCUAUCCAGGAGCUUUUCAGGAGGAUCUCGGAGCAAUUCACUGCCAUGUUCCGCCGCAAGGCCUUCCUCCACUGGUACACAGGAGAGGGCAUGGAUGAGAUGGAAUUCACCGAGGCUGAGAGCAACAUGAACGACCUGGUGUCUGAGUAUCAGCAGUAUCAGGAUGCCACCAUUGAUGAGAUGGGUGAAUUUGAAGAAGAUGAAAUAGAGGAUGAGGAGGAAGUGCGCCACGAUGUUCGCCACUGAUUAUAGAACACUGACCUGACAUUCUGAGUGAACCAGACCCUCCAAAUAGUAAUUGUUGUUGGACAGUGCAGUGUGAUCAUAAGAAGCACGCUAGAGAUGCAAAUGUUCAACUACAUGUUGCAUUGUGCAGAUCAUGAUGAAAUAUAACUGUUUAGCAAAAACUAUGAUGCAUAUAGAUAUGGCUUUUACUGACAAACAUUAUGAGUGGUAUUAGAAUUUAAAAAUAUGUAAGUAUUAUAGUUUUUGGUUUUCCAAGUUAUGCUUUGCCAGUGUAAAAAAAAAAAACACAAAAAACCAGUACAGUCUUGUCCUAAAUACAGUUUUGUAACAUUUACUUCAGCAUACAGUCACUGUCUCAAGUCUCAA